AUGAAGUUCUAUUGCACAGAGUAUUCUACUCAUUAUGGAAAGGAAGGUUUCAUACCAAGAACUGGACGCCAUUAUGGCACAGGAUAUCAAUCUAAUUUUAGACCAGGGGUGUAUUACAGUCGACGUCUGGACGAGCUUGACAACCCAGCAAUGGGGUAGGUUAUGCAUACAUUCUUGUAUUUACAACGGCCAAAAAAAAAAAACUAUAUUAAUAUAAUAAUAAAUAUUUAUAUAGCACCUAUACUUUUCAGUGCUAAGCGCUAACUAACUCUAACUGGCUCUAUUGAUAGUAAAUACAUUGACAAAUAUCAUUGUACAGGUGUAUGCAAGCACAUUAUUGUUUGUUGCGUAGGAUACAGGAGGGGCAGAAUUACUUGCGUCACUCUUAGACAAACCCUUUAAGUGCUGGUCCUAAAAGUGUUGAUCUUGGAGAGAGUGGACAAUACCAUCAUGUAAACAACUAGCUAGUUUCCAGCAUAAUAUACUCUACUGGCAUUUUUGUUGUUGUCUUGCAGUCGUCUCUUAACAGACAACUAUUCAUCCAUUACCAAGAAACACUUCUUGCCAUCAAAAGGAUCAAGUGGCACUGACCCCUUCUCUAGAGGGCUGUAUAUGACAGCAACAAGUGGUUUUGUCAAAGACAUUCCUGUCACCAUUCCACGAUCAAGACAGGUUAGCAAAAGUAAUAUGUUUCACGAAUCUACUUAGCCCCUACAUUUUUCAUUUAAUUAUAAUUACAAUAAAAAUUUUGCUGCUGUAUUUUUUGUAGGGCAAUCACAGGUUAACACAACUAUAAUCCAGACAAUGUAUGACUUUGUUUUAAUGUAGUAUCAACCUCUGUAACCCUAUCCCUAACUUAGUGAGUUACAGGCCAGGGUUGAUUUGAUCCAGUGCAUUAUAAGUUUUGUUAUUGACUCAAGUUUCUCCAGCUAAAUAGAUAAGGUAUUUUUUGUAUGAACACUUUGCAAUUUAAUAUCUGAUACGUGUAGGUGAGGGAUGUUCAUAUUGACACCAAAGCUAAGGGCACAGUUUACCCAUUCCAUCGUCCAUUGUUGCACACGCUCAAAGCCAAGGAUCCAAUCGGCAGGGAAAAUGCUUUCCAUGUAAGUACUUGUCAUACAUUACUUCUGGAGUAAAGUUCAAGUACAGGUACAGACAACUCCCAUUAUUGCCUUACCCCUGGGACCACUGCAAGUUAGUGUCCUUAAUAAUACUGUAACAAGAGUUCAAUUUAGAGGAGUGCAGCUGGAAGAAAUUUCAUUCAAAAUAUUUGCUUUUAAAGAUAUCAUGUCUUAAUAUUUAGUCUGACUGUAGAAUGAACCAAGUCUAGCACAGAAAAUAACUAUUUGCAGGACAAACUGGUAUUGAGACUGGAAAGUUGGUCUUAAGACAGACUAGUCUUAAGACUAACAGUUUUGAGGCGGGAAAGUUGGUCUUAAGACAGGUCAGGAGAAGAAUGAAUGUUAAGGAUCUGUUUAAAUAAUAAUUAUUGAUACAUAUGCACGUAACAGAAAAAAUAAUGCUAACCUUACUAAAAAGGUAUUUAACUUUGGUAAAAACAGAAGAUCAGAAAAAAUCCUGCUGUCUUUUGCAAAAAGAGUAAUAUGGAACAAUAAAAUCAAGUGCUGACAAAACUAAAAACUUACAGGUAGGCAGGUACAUGUAAGUCCAUAUUUAAAAGCGAGAAUUUGCAAUAAUGGGAGUGUUUGAGUUAAACUUUAUAUUUUUCACUGGCCAUUUAGCAGCUGUCUACAUUAGCAAGGUCUCCAUAUUAAGGCAAGACUUGACUGACAUGCAACUAAUAAACCUGCACAAAAAGACAAGGUGGUAGCCCUAUAAUACAAGGUGUCUGUAAUAAUUAACUUUUUUCAUUCCUUUUCCAUUUGGUUGAUCACUCGUUGUCCUGAUAUUAUAAGAAGCUGCUAAAUACAACACACAACAUAUGCGAAAUGUAAAAAUGUAUCUCUGACUCAUAUUCUAAUUAAAUUUAAUUUAUAAAUAUACCAGUAAUUUAUUUAGUAUGCAUUUGUACAUUUUCAGUAGUAAUGAUCAUACUUUUCCUUCUUUUAGGGGCCAAGCUAUAUGUCAACUGAAAACCAUACAAACUUUCUUGGAAUUCCUAGUCAGCGAAGUAAGUACCACAACUAGAAAAUAAUAUUUAUUGUUAAUAAAAUCAAGAACAUACAAAUGUAUUCAAUUAAAAUAAUUGUACAGUAUACCUUAGGUGUAUUUACUUCAUAGAAAAUGUACAUUUACAAGUACUUCUGAUUUAUUUCUGCACAAAAAGUGAUAAUAAAUGAUAAUUAACAAGGAUAAUUAGAUUAUGAUAAUGCAAUCAUGUAGGUACAUGUACUAGCUUAAUUAAAACACACAUGUGUGAAAGGCAGUUUACAUAAUAUUGUAUGGUUAUGUCGUGUGAGUAAUUGUUCAAAGAACCUAGUAGUAUUUACAAUAUAACUGAAUGAAUCAGAAACUUUUAAUGGGAUUUGUUGGUACAUUGUGUGAUUUGCGUAAUUUGAUGAUGUCAUUAUAAUGGUUUCAAUAUAUAUUUUUUUACUUUUAGUGGAUACCUCAACAAAAACUGUUGGUUACAAGGAAGGUUCAGGUUUCACGCAUGCUUACAAUGAUGAACCAAUCACUUUUUACCCAAUGGAAGCUCAUGAGGGAAUAAGAGAUGUAGGAAGCUUUAAUAUCAUGCUCUCUAAUAAUUUAAGACCCAUUGAAUUGCAAUGGUAUAAUUAUCAAGUUCAAUAAAUUAAAGGAUCAAAAUUUUAAAAGUUAAAAAUCCCCAAAAGAUAAGAUUUUCCAGAGAUUUGCAUGAUCUCCAUGCAAUGUUCACUUUAAGUGAUUUUCUCAACAUGAUUGUUUAUCUUCACUGAAUACCUGAUUUAACCUUUAAAUUUUAUUCAACAGUCUGUGCUGGCCAGUACUAAAGUUUUAUAAUAAUUAAUAUUAUAUGUCAGAACCAAGUUGUUUGAAAGACAUUAGCAUAAAUCCAAGCAAUAAAUAUAAGGGGUGAGAAAGUCAGGUUAGCGAUAUCUAAGAGAUUAAAGUCUGUGAUUUAAUUAAAAAGAACCUCUCCAAAAAAAAACUGGGGAAAAGUAAUAAUUAUUGUACAUUGUAUGUUGCAGUUAAUUUUUUAUUGCAGGAAAUUUUUCUUUUUCCUUUGCUUUUGGGUAUGGUAAAAUUAAUAUAUACUUAUGAAGUUGAAACAAAGAAAAAAUUACCUGAGGUAAAAAAUUAACUACAACAUGCGCAUUAGAGUGUUAAAAAAGGAUAGAAGAAAUAAGUCACUGUUCAUUUAUCAAGACAUUUCUUUGAUGGUAAUGUUUGAUUUUCAGCCACGAUGGACUUAUAGGCCAACUGGAUCUAGUAUCAUGAAGAGGGAUUUCCUGCCAGUGGAAUAUCUUCAUGUAUGUGAAGCUGUAUGCAAUAUGUUAAAAACAUUACAAUGCAUUAUGUCCUGCACAGAUUUGACCCAAGUAGUGUGCAUUCAAUAAUUUUUUAGCCAAAUACUGCAAUUGUUUUGUUUUUAUCAAGGUCCUUUGUACAUGUACUUAUGAAAGCUUACAGUUGUUUGUAUCCAAGGAUUGAGUGGAUCUAAAGAUUUUAAAGGACAACCACAAAUUUACUUACUACUUUUUUACGUUGAUCUUUCAAGUUUUGACAGACAAGCCCGUGGUAAAGUGAUUGAAGACCAGGCUAUUGUGUUUAAGCAAUGCUACAGUGUAUAUCUUUUAAAAACUAAAAAUAAUAGUAAAACAAAGUAAAAAAUCUGCCAUCAUUGACAUUCUCUUUAUCACUUGAAUAUCACUUCAAAAGGGAAACGAGCAUCUUCCUGUUUUGUCUCAUGGAUCAGAAAGAAAUACAGGAUUUACUCAUGGCACAAAAGCAAGACCAGUUUUCUAUUCAAAAGUAGGGCAGGUGAGGUCCAUUUUAAGGGUAUUGUUCAUGAUCAGAUCUGGUUCAUGAUGUAAUUUUAGAAUAGUCUCCUGGACAUAGUUAUUGCUUCCUCUUGUGUAAUCACCCAUCAAAUGAAAGAAGCCACUGUGUUGGAGACAAUUGGCAAUGGAGAAAGAAAAAUUUCUGUUUCUGGUAUCUGGUACAUGUACAGUAAGUCUUGAUUUAUUGAUUUCUUGAGGCUGUGUUCCAAUGUUAACUCGCAUUUUACUCUGCAAAUAUUUCUAGCAGGCUCUGAAUACGGUCAAUCCUUCUUCAAGCGUGGGGGGGAGUACUUCGUAUGAUGGCCUAUAUGCUAUACAGGAGGGGGUCUACUGGAAACGGGUAUCUUUUUCAGGCUUCAGGUAUAUGACAGGGUAGGUAUUUUACUCGUUGAAGUAUAUAAAAAGGUAGGGAAAUCUGUGAUUUGGGUUGUGAAAGGGUGCAAAAGGGCUAACAGAUGGAUUUUAUGGCUUUAUAAAGUCGAGAAAACGUUCUGUUUUUUUGAUUGAUUCCUAUUUAAACGACAGUACAUUUACAGCAGUUAAAAGGGGUGCAAAGUUCUAAACAAGGUAUGUAAAAGGGGUACCACUUGUCAAUAGAAGGUAUUCUAAACUAGGGGUACCUUUUUCGUGAAAAAUGGUAAAAAGGGUAAGGGGUUGGACCUCGGGGCGGAGCCUCCCCGUAUAAACAUUUGUUGAGUACCUCUUGGGGUUCAAACCGCGCUCCUUCCAAAACAAAAACAACAAUAACAACAACUACAACCCUAUCACCAGCGAAAAUCAGUGCUGCCAUCCUUAGAGAGAGAAUGCGGAUAAAAAACUUGCACCUUCCCGAUGAAACUUACCGUCAGUGGAUUUCUUCACUUCAUUGUUCUUUUCAGGAAUACACUAAACUCGGCGAUGUCCAUCCUCGAGCCCAGGAGCGAAUAAAAAAGAUGGAUCCGGCUGAAUAUUCCAACAUGACGAACCCACACACUUUCUCCAGGUAUAAAUGAAGUUGAUUGUAUGAAAAUUGUGUCUUCCUACACAAGUAAUUCAGUCAGUUAUCAUUUGCGGUAAUCGCAGGAUUGGUUCAAAUAACAGCUUCGCAAUCUUGACCAAAAAAAUGCAUCUCUCCAUUCGUCCGGCAUUUUAUGGGGAGAGACUGGGUAUCCGCGCGAAAAUAAUCUCGUCCCCAGUCUCUGAGAUCUUCGGCUUCUUGGACGUGUAAAGCGUUUGAGUAGUCUGCUACACAGCCGUUUUAGUGAGUGCUGUGUAGCAGACCAGCGUUUGAGUGGAUUGCCAAAUUUCUUCAGUUCGUUCCGCAAACAAAUUCAUUGCCCAAGUUUGCACAGCCUUGCCCGCAUACAAACAAACAGAACCGCUCCGCAGGGGCGAAGAGAAACGCCACAUGAACGGUGUAUUCAAUUUAUAUCUAUUUUUCUGUACCUCCUUCAAUAACUCAAUGCCGGAUUAAUGCCGGCACCCGUAUCGUGCGCUUGUGGAAUAAUUGUGGAAUAGACAAAUACUAUACUAUUGCUGAAAUAUCAUGUUUUCUUUUCUUUAGCAUUGCCAAGCUAUCAUUUAAAGGCAAACAGAGAAAUGAUCCAACUGAAGCGGAAAGACUGGGUAACGUUUCCACUGGAACAAAGGUAAGUAAGUUUACUUUCAGAAAUUUGGAGGGGCGUAAGAAGGGUCAGCCAUCGGCUGCUCAUUUCUCCCAAAAGACAAACCCCGACAGAACUUGCAUUGGGUGCAGUAAUGAUUUCGCACUUGGGCACCCUUUGACAUUCUAGUCGUACUUCAGGAUGUUUGUCAGAUGAGCCUCGUUUAAUGGGCUUACCUUUUGCGAGUCUCUUGUAACUCAGUGGUAGAGCAGAAGGUCAUAGGUUCCUCUCCAGCUAGGAGAAACCGGACUUUUCCUCUUUGAAUUGCCUAUGUCACUGACUGAAUAAACGUCAUUCCCAAUAAAUUAGGUCAAUUAGCUACAAGCAUGAUUAAUAUUAAAGAGUGGUUCAGGGGCGGAUCCAGGAAUUUUUUUAGGAGGGGGUGCACUCGUCUCUUCCAAUAAACCACAUAGUUUUUUUGCAGAAUACCAGUUUCCCGCAGGUCAUCUCAUGCAAGCUCAGAUCCGCCCCUUUUGAUUGUAAUUUGAUAUGCAAGCUCAGCUUUGGAGGCUUUAACAAGCUUCUUUAAGCUAGUUCUUUUUACAGAAAACUGAAAAUUACUACCGACACACUUAUACUCGACAGACUAAAUUCUACCAUGAGUUUGCUAGAUAAAAAAAAUAAUAAUAACAACAACAUAAAAUGAAAUAGGAUAGUAGCGCAUCAACAGUAAAUGGUGGAUAUCUUGCUCAUUGCUUGCCGUAACACUUCAUCUCGUAACAUAUCCGGACGUACGGUUUCAAAAUCUGUAUUAAACGAGAUGUUAUGAACCUCUUAGUGUCGAGUCCUUAACAUUCCCUUACAAACUUCAACCUUACUUGCUUGAAUAUUUUAGGAACUAACUGGGUACAGUGAAAAUAACGACCAAUACUUUGAGACAGCGGAGACUGCGGACUCACUUAGAAGAUUUGAAACUCACUACAAUGCCAAGUAGGUAUUCAUUAUUUAGAGGAUGAUAAAACAUGAGUUCAUUAAAUUGGGAAGAGAACCUAUGCUACCUACUCUUUUCCCUCUUUCGCCAGACUGACUGCAAAAUAUUCGAUUUUUUUUCACAAAAUCGGCCUUUUUCAAGGCAGGGUGUGUAAGCGAAGAGGGGCGACACCUCUUUCGCGAGGCGACUUAUAGAGGUGAAAAAUAUUUGUGCUCGGUAUUACACUCUCCAUGCGUUUAGUAUACUUGUCGGUAUGCCUUUUGGGAGAACACUAAGGGACUCUACUGAUUAGAUAUUAACGUAUUUUCUACUUGCCAGCAACUUACUUGAAAAACCUUUGAACUGCUUAAGUGACACUAUCCCUAUGGCGAUAUCUAAUUUUGCUUUUGAAUAGACACUAUAACAUGAAUCCACGAGGCGAUGACAGGAUGGGUCGCACUGAGGGCAAUGUAUUUACUCAGCUACCAAAUGGUUUCACAAAAGGAACUAGCGUGCACACAAUGGGCCCUGAUAUCAACACUACAGCCGAACUACGCUGGCAGAAACCUUAUGUAGCCAGGUAUGAUAAUCACAUUCAUUGCUUUAAUAGGUCUAGUGUUACAUUGUAGCUGGCGUAAAAACUCUGCCUCUAGUAACUGUAUGGUACCGUUGUAUUCUUGCAUUAUAAUUGUAAAUUUCUUCUGUUCUAUUUUGUGGGAGGCCUGUUUUAAGAAUUAAGGUUUCUUUUCCUGCUUUCUCGCCACUUUCUGUUCUUGCAUGUAACCUUUUAUUUAUCGUCCUUUGCCAGGCUCUCCGCAGAUACAGUGUAGUAGGGGCGUCGCGAAAAUAAAACAGCAAAGCAAAAAUUGGAAAAAAAAAGGGUGAUCCGGUAAAGGGGUCUCUCUCCUCACCCCCCGUGCAUUUUUCGCUUUCACUUUUUACCUUUUUACUGCACGGCUGCACAUUACUACAUUGGAGCCUGAAACAGGCUACAACUGCCUAGUACUCCAAAUCCUACUUUUGUAAAUUUUUUUUUAUUUUUAUUUCAGGAGUAUUAAAGCUAGAGAUCCGUACUAUGAUGACCACACCCAUGAUGCCAAACUGCACACGGCUGUUGCAAUAACUGCUUAAUCAGCUGGAAAAAAGGAAAGUGAAUUGGAACAAAUCUGAUCAGGAUUCGCCGUGAAACGAUCUUAGCAGAGCUGCUUCGAUUCUAGACUUUGCCGUAAUUUCAUUGUUUACUCUACAAAAAUCUAAAGGGAACGAAAAAGUGUCACUACCCUCAUUUAUCAGUGGUGCUUUAUAUUGAUGACUUCCUGUAUGUUUUUUUUUUUUAAUUUUAAAGUAAGUAAGACUUGUACCUUUCGACGCAAAUAAAGCGUCUCUCAUGGCAGGACAUGUUUGAUUUAGUAUACUAGUAAAGAGGCUGGGAAAAAUCAUUGCUUGCAACAUUUACGUACUGUAAAAAAAAAUGGUUUCUGGAAUCCUGUUACUUCAGUCACAUUACGUGAAGAUGACUGUCCUGAGUGAUAAAAUAGCUUUCGACGAACAACUGAUUCCUUCUUGUAUUAAUAGAGAAAACAAGG